AUGUCGUACUUUCAGCAGCCCUCGUACCAGCGCCGGCCUUCAUACCAAUCGUAUAACUCAUAUGCUCCUUACAACGGGUCCAAUGCCAAUUCAAAUUCAAACCUCAACUUACAGCACCCAGGGACGGUCACGCCGGGUACCCCUGGCGACUACUCCAUGAUCCCGUCCAACUUGAUGACAUCUCCUGCACCGUCUCCCCAGUUCAACCCGAUUUCUAACUACCAGUCGAUGACCAAUCUUAAUAAUUAUAACACUUUGGAACAGUUAAACGUAUCCAGAACCGUCAUCCUCAAAAAUUUAAAUGAAUCUCUCACAUUGUCUCAGUUACUCGACCACAUGGACUUUGGCCCCAUAGAGUACGUGAAGAUGUUUUCCAAGCCUGCCCCCAAGAACUUUGAACGCACCGACCCAGAAAUCAAGAAUUUCAACGUGUGUUUCAUCUCAUUCAUUAACUCCAAGGUGUCCAUCAACUUCACCACAAAGUACCAGAACUUGCACAACCUACAGACUUUGCGAAAUGCCUUGAACUCUAAGCAUUUGAAAAUUACCCUUAACGACAAUAAGGUGGUGAACAAUGGCUUGAAGGAUUUCAUCAAACUCAAAACAUUGAACUUUAUUGUGGAAUACAAUGCCACCCGAGCGUUGUCAGUGUUAUUGAAGUAUUCCCCGUCUGUACCUUUUGAUGAUUUGAUACUGGACUUGAAGGUUUCAUUCAAGAAGUUUGGUGACUUUGAGCAGUUUAAAACCGUUGAUGUCGAAGGAUUCGAAGAUUUUGAAUCAGAUAGUGAAAUUCCAGCCAACCUGAAUGACUAUAAAGUUUUGGAUGUGCAGAUCCAUUUCCACUCCAUAGACUCGGCUGUAAAAUGUUAUGAAAACUGCUUCAAGCUGAUACAGGCCCAUAAGAAAGAGCGUCAAACUGCAAGCCAUUUCUUCAUAGGUGCUCGGUUUACCAAAGAUAGGUGUGAACCUGAUCCUGCCAAUGCCCAGUCAAAAUCCAAAACCUUGGACUCGUCUCCGAACCUGGAGAAUGAGUUGGUUAUAAUGCCAAAUAAAGGUUUAAAUUUGCAAGGUUUUGAUUCCACGCCUCCUAAAGAACCAGAGGACAUAUACUCCGAUCACUCCAACUUGAACUUAAACUCUAUCUCAGAUGUGGAUGAAGAUGACGAUGAUACUUCCUACUUCUUUAACUUCCCAAGGAAUAAUUCUCAAGGCUCCAAUAUGAACUUAAGCUCCAUAUCCUACCAGCCUCCUUCAAUGGCACCUCAUUCAACACCUUACUCAUCUCAUAUUCACUCUCCUUAUAUUCCGUUACAACGUAAGAUGUCUAAUUCAGGAGUUCCAUUCCAAAGCCCAUUUGUUUCCACCCCACAUAUCAAUUCACCAAACAUGAAUCCACCUAAUAUGAAUGGAUUUGAGUCUCAUGGUUAUAUGUACAACCCUGACCCUUAUAACGUGGGCAACAGAACCAUUUAUUUGGGGAAUUUACACCCACUGUCGACUGUCGAGGAGAUUGCAAAUAACGUGAGGGCUGGUGGGUUGGUGGAGUUAAUCAAAUACUAUCCUGAGAAGAGAAAUUGUUUUAUCACCUUUAUUGACCCUAAUAUUGCCUUAAAGUUCUACUUGAAUCACCAAGUAUUACACCAGUUGAUUAUUCAUGGCUAUGAUAUUACCGUGGGAUGGGCCAAGACUCAUGCUAGACCUUUAUCAAGAGACAUUGCCUUGGCAGUAACUGCUGGUGCUUCUAGAAAUGUGUAUAUUGGCAUCAAGGUGAAUAAUGAUAAAGAUGGUGAACCUCAAGAGCUGGAAACUAAAAUGAACUUGCCAAGUGAACAGCACUUACGUCAUGACUUCAGUCAUUUUGGUGAGAUGGAACAAAUCAACUUCUACCAUAACAACGAUUGUGUAUUCUUGAACUUUUUGAAUAUUUCUGAUGCUAUCAAGCUAGUGGAAUUAUUUGAAAUGAAGAAUGAGGAGGCUAUUGGGGUAAUUACUAAUGAUCCUGGAUUCUAUGAGAGGUACAGCAAUUUCAAAAUUAGUUUCGGAAAAGAUCGGUGUGGAAAUCCUCCAAAGUUCAGUUUUAAGAAAAAACUUGGAAAGUCCAGACAAAAGAUUUACUUUGAUGAUAGUGCUAGGAAACAACACAGUCCGAAUCCCAUCACUGAUGAAGCGGCCUUGGUUUUCGGUAUCAUCAAAGAUGAUGACUCCAAAGAAAAGGAGUCCAACGAUAUCCUUGAACCACUGAUUGAACCGAAGAAGCCAGGUGUGGUGGCUGACAUUGAGGACUCGGAGCAAGUGAAAACACCUAGCAAGCUCAAGGGCAAGUUUGGUGAAGAGGUCCUGGAUGCAGCAGAUGACGAGGAUGAUGAUGAAGACGAAGAUGAGGACGACGACGAUGAAGACGACGAUAUCUCUAUAGUCAUCGGUUCGGACAACACUUCUUCUACCACGGUAAACAACAUCAAGGACAAGCACGAAAAGAAAAAGUUUUACAACAAUUUGGUCAACACUUCUGACUCGUUCAUUCCUUUGAAGCCCAAGAAUGGUUCAUAUUCCAACUCUAACUCGAAUUCUACUUCAAACUCCAACCAUAAUGGAUACUCGGGUUCUAGGCAUAAACACCGUCCAGCACCAGUCUCGGUUCCUCAAACACCGAAUGGAUUCAUGGGACAUUCUCACUACGGCCCCCCACCCCAUCCAAUGGCAGCAUCUCCAUACCAAUCGCAUCCUCACCAAAUGUCUCCUCAUCCUCAUCAAAUGUCGCCUCACCCAUAUCCUCAUCCUGGCCAAGUCCAAGUUCAUGGACAUCCAGGACGUCCUCAAUACGUUCAAAGAUCCAACUCUAAUUACAGCUACUACCAACCUCAGAUGCCUUUCAGCCCCCAACAGUAUCCGAUGCCCCCAUCUCCAAUGUCAGGAGGACACUUGGUUUUCCAAGGACCACCUCCUCCAGUUCAGCAGAUGUAUUAUGAUAGCAGUCCAACCCGAAGCUCAUUUAGUGGAUCACAAGUGAUGGCACAGUACUUGGCUAAGUCUCAAUCAGAUGAUAUGUUUUAUCAGCCCCAUGUGGUUUAUGAUGUUGAUGAACGGAGAAGAACCAAAAAGUGAGAUUUCUUAGCAGGCUUUACGUAAACUGGAUUUACCCGUUAAAUCUGAGUAAUCAUGAAUAUAUCACAUCCUAAUUA